ACUGAGAGUGAGACAAUGCAUGUAAUCCUCUUAGGAGACUUCAGGUGUUAGGUAUUAUGCUGAUCCAUUAUGAAGACUUGCUCUGCGUCCUACAUAAGCCUUUGGUCAUUGCCAACAGUUUUUGUUUGUGCCACAACACCCAACGGUGGAAAUCUGCUUUUGAGAUUUUAGCACUUCUGACUUUGCAAGACAUUAAUUCUAUGGCUGGGUUUUCCAAGGAGUCGAGGAUGUAACAUGAAUAACGUUGCUGAAGUUGUGAAUUCUGUCAAACUAUGGUCUGUUGGGGAGACAGCUGGACUCUGCCAAAGGCCAUUUAUGCAGCAUAAGUCAGCCUAGCCUGUAGCAACACUGCUUUGGAGGAAAAAUGUAUUGUACAAGAAGGAAGCGACUGCAGCUGAGCCGGGUCCUGUUUCUCCUCUCUGGGGUUUUCCUCUGUACCCUCUACCAGUUGACAAUUAGUGCCAGACUGUAUGAGCCUUUGCCAAUGCCUCAGAUUGGAGAGGACUUUGGAGAAGGUUCAACAGAAGGGGUUGAGGAGGCUACAGUAGAGCCUGGAGGCCUGGAAGAACCUCUAACUGCAACACAUGAAUUGGAGCCCACAGAUCAAACAACACCAGAGAUGGUGCAUCAGACAGACACAACUUCAGAUUUCAAAGCAUCCACCACUACUGAAUCUCCAUUGUUGCCAACCACAAAUCGGACUAUUGUGCACUGCAUCUAUGUAGCCCCUGAACCUCCACCAGAGACACCCACAGCAGCUCCAGCUCCUCCUGUAACCACCAUAACCCCAGCUACACCUGGUGAAGCUCCACAUAUAAAGGGUGAAUACCCAGAAGAUAUCUUUUCUAUUGAAGACCGCAGACGAGGCUGGGUGAUCCUCCACGUUAUUGGGAUGAUGUACAUGUUUGUGUCCCUUGCCAUUGUGUGUGAUGAGUUCUUUGUUCCUGCACUGGGGGUAAUCACAGACAAGUUAGCCAUCUCAGAUGAUGUUGCUGGAGCUACCUUCAUGGCUGCUGGAGGUUCUGCUCCGGAGCUUUUCACCUCCUUGAUAGGAGUCUUCAUCGCCCACAGCAAUGUUGGCAUCGGCACGAUUGUUGGUUCAGCGGUUUUCAACAUUUUGUUUGUGAUUGGAAUGUGCGCUUUGUUUUCUCGGGAGGUUCUUCAUCUGACCUGGUGGCCCCUUUUCAGAGAUGUAUCAUUCUACAUACUUGGCCUCAUCCUACUGAUUAUCUUCUUCCUGGAUAAUGUCAUAAUGUGGUGGGAGAGCAUGAUGCUGGUGGCCGGUUACACUACCUAUGUCAUUUUCAUGAAGUUCAAUGUGCAACUAGAGAAAGCAUUCAAGACACAGCUCCACAAACAUAAGAGCAUUGUCAAAGUUAUUGCUGUGGAAGAACCUGAAAAGACAAACGGAGACGGUGAAGAUAAUGCCCCUCCUGCUCCGGAGGACAAGAAUCGGUUAAAGUUGAAGCCAUCCCUUCAACGAGGGGGGAGCUCCGCUUCUUUACACAACAGCACCAUGAGGAACACCAUCUUCCAACUCAUGAUUCACACAUUAGACCCCAUAGGACAGGGUGAGUUACAUAUCACUGCAAUGACUGCCUCGAUGUGAACCUUGAAAAGUGCUUUUAUCAUGACUGUCUGGGGACUAUGUCCUUCUCAUUGUAAAAUGGAUUAGCAAAGUGUCCCAUAUGAAGGCAGCACUAAGUCCAGAUUGAUACUAAGCAGAUAAAUACCUACCUCAGUCUAUAGAGGGAUCCAUUUGUAGGCCCACAGUGAAGCAGAAAACUGACUCACUAAGAUAUGACUGCAGCCAACACACACAUUGUUCCACACUACAUAAGAAAAAUAUUCCCUUUUCUAUUAUUGUGCAAAAUGCAUUUUUAGACCUGCUGCAUUUUCUGAUAGCUGGUUAAACAAUACUGCUGUAGGAUGGUGAUGUUCAGCUUUCACUUAAAGAAAAACAGGUUUUCCUAAUAGGUUAGAAAGUUAACUUAAUGUACCAUUCUAAGGAUGUCAUGCCAGACUAAUCUCAGCAUUUGUUUUGUUUUCUCUGGUUGCCUGCAGCCAGAAUGUUGUACAGUACAACCCAAUCUGUGUACCUGUGAUACAGGCUCCCAGUUUGCUUGUCUUUCAGGCCUCAGGGCAAAAAAACAAUCCAUUACCAGCUCAAUAAUGAGAUUUUGAAUGGGGCGAGAAAAUCAGGAUAACAGCUAGCAGCCACUUUAUCAACCCACUCUUUUUCUUUGUUCAGUCAAUCAGUUCAUGCUCUUUAAGCCAUCUGGUCACACGGAGAUGCAUCAACAGACAUUAUUCAAACAUGUGUGGUUUUAUUUGCCUAAUUCUAUUUUUUUUCUGACAAUUAAACAUAUUUCUGAUGUUUGAGAGAGCUGAUUAAAGAAACACGGCUUGAUAAGCCCUAAUUGUAGCUCCCUAGUUAGCACAAGCAUGAUCCUGUCUUGCUCUUUUGAUAUCCUCAUUCUUUCUGACAUGACGCUGAACACUGGUGUUGAAGAUGAUGCAGCUGUUGCUGCUUUUGGUGCACUGCUGACAACACUUACAAGCUCAUGAAGACGUCUUUAUCUUCCAUAUAUCACUGUAAAAUGAUUUUAGCCACACCAUUAUGUAGAUCCACACAAUAUUCUAAGUUUUUUUUUGUUUUGUUUUGUUUUGUUGUUUGUUGUUGUUUGAUUGUUCGUAGGAAAAUUUAAGGAUAAGGCUGAGACUCUGAAUAAUGUGGCUAGACGGAAGGCAGAGAGCAAACCUCAAGACAAAGGUGAAGGUAAUAUGGACGCUUUCAGAGUCUGGUCACG